AUGACUGCUAUUGAUGAUGUUGAAUUUUUUUACUAUUUCUUUUGUUUACAGGUGUCAGCUAAUGACCCGGAUUGUGGUGUUAAUGCCAUGGUUACAUACACCAUGGGUCCGUUAACACGGCCAAUUAACGAAUUCGAAGUCCGUCCAGCAUCUGGUGAAAUUUGUAUUUCGGGCGAAUUGGAUUAUGAAAAACGGAGUGUUUAUGAAUUUCCGGUCGUGGCCACCGAUAGAGGUGGCCUGAGUACAACAUCCAUUGUUAAAAUUCAACUAAACGAUAUCAACGAUAAUCGUCCCCAGUUCUAUCCAUCUCAGUAUAAAGUCUCACUGCGUGAAUCAUCAGCAUCAUCGGCAGCGUCAUCAUCAUCAUCCGCAUCGGCUAGCAGUUCGUCGUCUGCCGCAGCCACCAUGAAUGCCCAAUCGCCGAUUGUCACCGUUAUGGCUACCGAUCCGGAUUCGGGUCGAUUUGGUGCACUCACCUAUCGCAUUGUUGGCGGCAAUGAUGUUGGGCUCUUUCGCAUCGAUCGUGCAACGGGUGAAAUUUUUGUAAAUCGCCCCAAUAUGUUAUCGACGCGCACGCAAUCUCUGCAACAUGUGUUGAAUGUAUCGGCCAGCGAUGGUGGCGGAUUGAGGACACAACACGAUGCUUUAGUAUAUGCGAACAUAAUUGAUGCCACGCAAAGACCACCAAUAUUUGAAAAAUUACGUUAUAAUUUCUACGUAAAAGAGGAUGUCAUGCGUGGCACGGUUGUGGGUACAAUACAGGCGACGAGCACAGAUGCAGUGAAUCGCAAUGCUGUUCAUUAUUCCAUCUAUGCUGGCAAUAAUGAAGGAUAUUUUACAAUUGAUGAAAAUUCGGGAAAUAUACGUGUGGCCAAUCCACUGGAUCGGGAAAUGAAAUCCCAUGUACUGCUGAAUAUUCAAACAACAAUGAGUCAUACAUCACAUCAAGGAUAUACACAAGUCAAUAUUAUAAUCGAAGAUGUUAAUGACAAUGCACCCGAAUUCGAAACGAAUAUCAUACGCAUCUCAGUUCCUGAAAAUUUCGAAUUGGGCAAACCUUUGUAUGCCGCUUAUGCUAAUGACAGGGAUUCUGGUAAAAAUGCUGAAAUCUCAUAUAUAUUGACAAUGUUAACAACGACAGACACUUUCAACAAUGUCACGAUGUCGUCGUCGUCUUCAACAAAGACGACAACAACAACAGCAACGGGCAACUCGGCAGCCGGAACAGCAGCAGCAACAACAUCAACGGGCAAUGGUGGUGGUGGAGCAUCUUCUUUGGCAUCGUCUCAGGCGAAUGAGAAUAAUCAAGCUGCUGUUGUACACAGCACAUCGAACGGGCAACUAUCUGCAUAUGGCAGCAAUGCGGCUGGAAUUGGAGGUGGAAGUGGUGGUGGCAGUGCUGGCAAUGGUGGCGAUAGUGUCAGCAGUGGCAUUGCUGGUUCUAAGUUACAAAAUCUUUUUACUAUCGAUGCACGUUCAGGCCACCUAACAUUGUCACGACACUUGGAUUACGAAACUUCACAGAGACAUACGUUAAUUGUCACUGCCAUGGACGCUGGGCAGCCACGUUUAUCAAGCAAUUUAACCAUUGUCGUGGAAGUACAGGAUGUCAAUGAUAAUCCACCAGAAUUUGAACGUAAUGAGUACCAUGUAAAAGUGUUGGAAUCAAUGCCAGUUAAUUCACAGAUUGUACAAGUGACAGCUGUAGAUGCAGAUACCGGUAACAAUGCUCGCAUCACUUAUCGCAUUAUCACCAACAACAACCAGUCAGGAAAUGUUACCCUCAUGAAAAAUGCCAAGAAACAGAAUGGCAACAACAACAACGGAUCUGCCACAAAAAAGUUACUUUCAUCCUCUCCCACAUCAUCCACCACGCUAGCUACGGAUAAUGAAAUUGCCCAAAUAUUUGGCAUUUAUCCAAAUAGUGGUUGGAUUUAUUUACGUUCGCCGCUGGAUCGCGAAACACGUGAUCAUUAUGAACUGCAUGUGGUGGCCAGCGAUAAUGGGUCACCGCCUGCCCAAACUAGCACACGUGUUGUGGUGCGCAUACUGGAUGCCAACGAUAAUGAUCCACGUUUUUUACGUUCGUCAUAUGAGUUCAGCAUCGAGGAGAAUAUGAGAAGCGGCUCCUUGGUGGGCAUUAUUGGUGCUACUGAUUUGGAUUUGGGCGAGAAUGCGGUCAUCAGAUAUAGUUUAUUGUCGGCAAAUAGUUCAUUUCAAGUUAAUCCACUAACGGGUGAAAUAACCACUCGCGAACCGCUGGAUCGUGAAAUCAGCUCCGUCUAUGAAUUUGUCGCUGAGGCUCGCGACCAAGGUACACCAUAUCGUAGUUCACGCGUUACUGUCAAAGUCCAUGUAACCGAUGUCAAUGACAAUCAACCGAAAAUUGUCGAUCCGCAAGAGGAUGUGGUCAGUGUACGCGAAGAACAACCGCCCGGCACUGAGGUGGUGCGCAUACGUGCUGUCGAUCGUGAUAAUGGACAGAAUGCAUCGAUCACUUAUUCGAUAUUAAAAGGUCGUGAUUCGGAUGGCUUUGGUCUGUUUAGCAUAGACGCCAACACGGGUGUGAUUCGCACGUUGGUCGUGUUGGAUCACGAGGAGCGUAGCAUCUAUCGUUUGGCGGUGGCAGCAACCGAUGGCGGUAAUCCGCCAAAACAAUCGAUACGUUUGCUGCGUGUUGAGGUGUUAAAUUUGAAUGACAAUCGGCCAACGUUUACCAGUUCGAGUUUGGUGUUUCGG